GGGUGAGACCUGCUGUGCAAAUGCAGGUUCAGAGGACCUUCAGACUCCUCCCAUUUACUCCAACCCUCUCUUCCAGUCAGCCUCCCUUCUCCCCUGUAGCGAUGGGGGCGGGGUCUCAAUGGAAGCUGAAGAUGAGUAGUCAUGUGACUCCUUUUCCUCUGCAGCCCCCUCGGAGGCCACUAGGCGGAAGUAGAUGUUCAGAGCAGGGCUAGUAGUCGCCGAGACCACAUCCGGGAGAGGCGAGCAGAGCGGAAGUGGCGUUGGUCUGGCCGGAGCCCUUGGGUGAAAUUGUUAGGCGUGGAGGGGGAGUGAUGUCUUCCAGACUCGGUGCAGUCACCGCCGUGAGUUUCUUGGUGUGACCAUUAUACUUUGGAGAUAGAACUGUCGAGCCGAGAACACGCGGUCCUUUGCUUUUGUCUUGAACUCAGAGUUGGGUUUUUUUCAGAGCCCAUCGUAGGCCCCACCCUUUUAUAUCAGAUCCACUUAUUCCCUUUUCCCCCCAUUUUUAUUUUUAUUGCCUAUUCCUCGUAUCCUCGGACUCAGUUCCUCGACAUAUUGUAAUUAUUUAUAUUCCUUCAGCAUCCCUAGUGCCUCCCGUUGCUGUAUAAUAUAUAUUAUAUUUUUUUCCGUCUUUUCUUUUCGAGCCUCCAUCUAGGAUAGGGUUUUGAGAAUGGGCAAUAAUGAAAGCUCUGAUAUUGUCAACCCGUCUGUACAUUGUAGAAAAAUAGGAUGGCACAGGUCCAUUUGAAGAAGUUGCCUGGGACAGCUUCACAUCUAGGCACAAGGGGGAUUCAUCUCUUUGGGGAUGAGGUACAAAGGUCCCUGGCACUCACUCGUGUGCUUGCGAUUUGCUAGACCCCGGGACCCACAUCCCGUAAGCAGCAGAGGAGCACCAGGAUCGUGGGAGCUAAGAAAGUAGUCUGGGAAGGUCUGGGCUGCAGAGGGAUCACUUGUGUAGCCUGUUUACUCUGACGGACCUGGGUUUAAGAAGAAUUGUAUAUACCGUGUUGAAUUGACUUGUAAUGUAAUAGGACCCAGUGCUCCAUAAAGGAUAAUAGCUUCCAGUACACUAUCCCUCAUGAGGACUCCCUGAGUGGUUCGUCAUCUGCCUCCUCAUGUGAACCAGUGACUGACUUCCCUGCAACCUUCCGAAAGUCUACCUACUGGAUGAAGAUGAGAAGAAUCAAGCCUGCUGCCACGUCACAGGUUGAAGGCACAGGUGAAAAGGAAAAGGAGAAGGCCAAAGGAAAGAGGAAAGUCAAGCAGGAAGAAGAUGAAGACUAUCGCGAGCUUCCGCAAAAGAAGCACAAGAUGUACGGGAGGAAGCAGCGGCCUAAAGCUCAGCCUCACCCCAAAGCCCAGGCUCGUAGGGUUCGGAAGGAGCCGCCAGUCUAUGCAGCAGGCAGUAUGGAAGAAAAGUGGUACUUAGAGAUCAUGGAUAAAGGCAGUGUGUCCUGUCCUACCUGCCAGGCAGUGGGGAGGAAGACAAUAGAGGGUUUAAAGAAACACAUGGAAAACUGCAAACAGGAAAUGUUUACCUGCCAUCAUUGUGGGAAACAACUUCAUUCACUGGCAGGAAUGAAGUAUCAUGUCAUGGCCAAUCAUAACAGUUUGCCAGUUUUGAAGGCAGGAGAUGAAGUAGAUGAGCCAAGCGAGAGGGAGCAGCUGCGAACAGUACUAAAGCGAAUGGGAAAGCUCAGGUGCAUGCGUGAGAGUUGCUCCAGUACCUUCACCAGCAUUAUGGGAUAUCUGUACCAUGUUAGAAAGUGUGGCAAAGAGGCGUCAGAGCUGGAGAAGUUGACCCUGAAAUGUCACCACUGUGGGAAACCAUACAAGUCAAAGGCUGGGCUCGCAUACCACAUGAGGUCAGAGCAUGGGCCUGUCUUCUUCCCAGAGUCAGAACAGCCAGACUGUUUAAAGGAGAUGAGUUUGGAGACGAAGGGUGGAGGCCGAGUUCAGCGGCGUUCGGCCAAGAUAGCUGUGUACCACCUGCAGGAGCUGGCCUCCGCUGAACUAACCAAGGAGUGGCCGAAGAGGAAGGUGCUCCAGGACCUGGUGCCCGAUGACCGGAAGUUAAAAUAUACUCGCCCUGGGUUACCUACCUUUAGCCAGGAAGUCCUGCACAAGUGGAAGAUGGAUAUCAAGAAGUACCAUCGCAUCCAGUGUCCUAACCAGGGCUGUGAGGCUGUCUACGGUAGUGUAUCUGGCCUUAAAGCUCACCUGGGCUCCUGCACACUGGGCACCUUUGUGGCUGGAAAGUACAAGUGUCUUCUGUGUCAGAAAGAAUUUGUGUCAGAGAGUGGUGUCAAGUAUCAUAUCAAUUCCGUCCAUGCCGAGGAUUGGUUUGUUGUGAACCCAACAACCACAAAAAGCUUUGAGAAGUUGAUGAAGAUAAAGCAGCGGCAGCAGGAGGAGGAGAAGCAGCGGCAGCAGCACGGAAGGCGGCGGUCCCUGAGAAGGCAGCAGCAGCCAAGCACGGAGCCUCCAGAGAGCCAGCUGGAGCUGAAGGCAGGGAAGGAGCAGGAGGGGAACAACGAGGAGCCCGUGGGAUCCGAGCCAGAGCCAGUGCCAGCACAGCCCCAGAGAGCCGAGCCCGCCAAGACCACUCACAAACGAGGGAGGAAGUAGGCGGCCAUUGAUGCGCUCCGCGGAUGGGACGCGGUUGUCAUGGGGACUCGUGCAGGGGAGCCCUGAGUGGCUGAGUGAAGCUGCUGUCAGCUGUUGCUGUUGGCCUGAGGCUCUCAGCUCCUCUGUGUAAAUUUCAGUCUUCCUGACUCGUUCACUUUCUCCCUCCCUGCCUCAGUAGGUUCCUGGUUCCUCGGAGUCCUCUUGCUUUUCUGUUGCCCAAAGAGCUCUCCUGGAAAAGCAGCUACAGGUCUCCUCGCUCUGUGCAAGGUUAAGAAAGAAGACUUCAGCUGGUUUCUUCAUCCUUUCCUGUCUGGGUUAUGAACGUUCUUGGAAUCUCCGCUGAUUUAGAUUUAGUGGCCACUCCAUUAUUUAGCUUAUAAAACAGUUCCAAAACUAAUCUUUUUUUUUUUUUUAA